UCGGGGGUCUAGAGCGAUCCGGACUCCUCCCCUCUUCCAACGAGAUGGACAUUUUGCUCAGAUCAUGUCCACGGUUCAACUCAUUUCACCGACCAACGACACGUCAGCAGUUGCAAAAUAGCUCUGAGGAGGCUAAUGCAGCGAAAUCUGUAACGACGCCAACUUGUCCCACGCUACGGAAUUAUAGGUACUUCAAACCGGACAAAGGACUAAAGAAACGAGAAUCAUAUGUAGCA